CCCCCGGCUGUUAUAAGUGGAGCUGCACCGGGGGGAGCGCAUCAGAGUCCCGCACACAUGGGGUCGGUUCUGCCCGCACAGGCGCUCGCGCUGAAGGCCCGGUUCCGGUCUCAGCUGUGUGAGAUCAUCACCUCUGAUAUCCUGCACAGUUUCCUGUACGGUCGAUGGAGGAAUCCGUGCGAGGAGCAGCAGAGGACCGCGUUCACCGCCGAGGCUCUGGCGCAGUCCUUCACUGGAGAGGUGCAGAAGCUGUCCAGUCUGGUCCUGCCCAGCGAGGUCAUCAUCGCUCACAGCUCCAUCCCUGGAGAAGGUUUGGGGAUCUUCUCCAAGACCUGGAUCAAAGCCGGGACCGAGAUGGGGCCGUUCUCCGGGAGACUGGUGUCCCCUGAGCAUGUGGACCUGAGGAAGAACAAUAACCUCAUGUGGGAGGUGUUUAACGAGGAUGGCACAGUGCGCUGCUUCAUCGAUGCCAGUCAGGAGGAUCAGCGCAGCUGGAUGACGUACAUCAGGUGUGCACGCAACGAGCAGGAGCAGAACCUGGAGGUGCUUCAGAUGGGCUCCAGCAUCUUCUACAGAGCUCUGGAGAGUAUUCCUCCGGAGCAGGAGCUGCUGGUUUGGUAUGGGAGUUCCCACAACACUUUCCUGGGUAUUCCCGGCGUUCCGGGCGCAGAGGAGGAGCCCCAAAAGAAGAGGAGCGCAGACGAGCCUCAGGUGUGUGACGCCGCAUCUUCCUCGCUGUGCUCCUCUUCCUCCUCGUGUCGCAUGCGCUGCGUCAUCUGUCACCGCGGCUUUAACUCCCGCAGUAACCUGCGCUCGCACAUGCGCAUUCACACCCUGGACAAGCCCUUCGUGUGCCGCUUCUGCAGCCGUCGCUUCAGCCAGUCCUCCACGCUGCGCAACCACGUGCGUCUGCACACCGGCGAGCGCCCGUACAAGUGCACCGUCUGCCAGAGCGCGUACUCGCAGCUGGCCGGCCUGCGCGCGCAUCAGAAGAGUGCGCGACACCGACCCAGCGGAUCGAACUCUGAGGCUGCGCGCGUGCCAGCCGCUUCCCAUCCUGCACUGCUGCGCCACGUCACCACCCUGGUGCUCUGAGAGACUUUAACAGCGCGCAGCUUCUGAGAUAAUGUAAGGAUGUUGUACGGGAACACCAGACACACACACACUGAGCCAGAGAUAUUGUAGUUCAUGCAACAGUGAGCAGGAACAUGCUUCAUGAGUCUAAGACUGAUUUAAGAUAUUUUCAGGCCUUGGUUUUCACCAAAACUCUCUUCUAUUUGAGCUGCUUCUUUUUUUUUAAAGAAGAGAUGCAUCAUGGGAUCAUGGCAUGCUUCUCCUUCUCUGUGGAGCUGAAGCAUUCACUAUUACACUGCAAUGCGUUUCCGGUUCAUAAAGAUAUGCAUAAGAAUGGUUUUAGAACAAAACUUUUUUUAAGAUCACAGAUUCAUUCAAGUGUCCAGAUGUUUCACUGCACUGCAGAAACGUUCUUCCUCAAUAUUUCUGUCUUGUUUCCAGCAUCUAAACAUCUUUAAAACAAGACACAAUUACUUGAGAAAUAUUGUUUUCUGCAAAAUGUAUCAAAAUAAAGUGUGAAACAAGUCAAACAUAUCUGCUCACGUGGUCAGGAGAACAAUCUUGUUUCUCCUUCGAGCCCAUUGGCAGAUAUUUGUUCUUGUUUUAAGGAAAAACUCACUUCACUUUGAAACAUUUAGCAGAAAACAUGACAUUUAAUGCUUCACAAUUAAGUCUUGAUUUUAAGAAUGUUUAAAUAUUUGAACUGAAAAAAUAUUCAUAAAAUCUUUUUUUUCCAGUAUACAUCUUUUGUAUUGGGUGAAUUUUAAUCUUCAUGUAUGUUGAUGUUUCUGUCUAUACAAUAGACUUCACUGCAAUUCAGUGACAGUUGUGCAUAAAGAUUCAGUUCAGCAAUAAAUUAAAGCUUUAAAGAGACAAAGACAAAGCAUCAAACCAUUUUCUGCCUCUUCGGGUCUGCUGCAGAGAUUCUGAUGAAUAAACACGAGUAUAAAGUUGAAAUGUUUGUGAACGGUGUUAAUUUGCAGACACUGGAUGCAGUUUCUUGGCUCGAUUGAAUCUUGUGAGUCGGUUCGGUGGAUCAGGCAAUCGCACAAAUCAGCGUUAAGAUGUAUUGUAUUUUAUUUUUUAUGUUAUAUGUUUGUAUUUUUGUCUAUUGUAAAUAAAACAGUUGAAAUAAACGACUGAUUGAUUGCA